CUGAUAACUUCCUCUACGCUCACCUCUCUCUUCCUGUCACUACAGUUUCACCAUGUUGAAAUUAAGGAGCUCGUCUCUGAGAUCAGCUGCGGCACUGCUCUCACCUGCAGCUGCCGCACCUGCUGCUGCUGCUCAGCCUCGUGUGCACCUCACCACCGGCCCCCGACAGGCACACUCUACCUUCUAUGAGUUCCGUACCUACGACAUCCGUCCUGACCAGAACGCCGCCUUCCUCAAACUGACCGCUGAGAAGAUCCACCUGCGCACCGCCCACUCCGAGCUGAUUGGCUACUGGAGCGUCGAGUACGGUGGCCUGAACAAAGUCUUCCAUAUAUGGAAAUAUGACAGUUACUCUCAGCGGGCAGGUGUUCGGGCAGCCCUGGCUCAGGACCCCUCCUGGAUCUCGGAGUACAUCUCCAAGGCGAUGCCAAUGUUGACGUCUCAGGACAACGAGGUCACGUACCUGGUUCCCUGGAGCCGCCUGCAGAGCCCGCCACAGGAGGGAGGUGUGUACGAGCUGGUGUCCUAUCAGAUGCGUCCCGGAGGUCCGGCGGUUUGGGGCCAUGCCUUCCAGGCUGCCAUCACCGCCCAUGAUGCACCGGGGUAUGGCAACCUGGUGGGAGCUUUCCACAACGAGUUUGGCCGCAUGAACAGAGUUCACGUCCUCUGGUGGUUCGAGAGCGCCGACCAGCGAGCUGAAGCUCGACACAAAGCUCACACUGACGCCAGAGUGGUCGCUGCAGUCAGAAACAGUGUCGCUCACCUGGACUCUCAGGAGAACAAACUCAUGUUUCCCUGCUCCUUCUCUCCGAUGAAGUAACUUCCUGUCCUGUGUCUCCACGGCAACAGAGACAAACACUGUUACAUGCUGUACAACUGUUCUGAUACCAGAGAGUCCAUCAGCACAGUGCAUGUGGUGCAUGGACACAUUAAAAACUCCAAACUAACACUGUCGGUCACACGUCCUUCAGAUCCUCUCAUCGUCACAGCAGUCAGAUAAAUGUGUGUGUUUGUCUGUGUGUGUGUGUGUGUGAGUGUGUGUGUAUGUGUGUCUGUUACUUGAGUACAUUAACAAGGUCGACCUCUUAUUGUGCAGACAGGAAGGAGUCUCUCAGAAUAAAAACGCACUCAGUGUGAAGGUCAUGAUGUCACUCAGUGUGAAGGUCAUGAUGUCACUCAGGUCGACAACAUGUUGCAACAAAUUACAGAUUCUCAUCCGACACAGAAUCAAACGUGCCUUUAUCAUCAUGUGAAGUCUCUCACAGACAACACGCCGCUGAGUUCACCUGUUAUUUGGCCUCUGAGACUGUCACGUGGUUAAUAAACUUUUUUAAUGAAAAGUAUUUUUUAACUGCCCCCUGAGUGACGUCAUCAUGGCGUCUGACCUGAGCUCUUCCUGCUGAACGUUAUAAACACAGUGAAGAAAAAUAAAAUAUAAAUUAACAUUAAACAUCAAAAGAAACAUUCAGAGAUAAUUAACAUUAAAUUAACAUUAAUAAUUCAGUAGAUGUACUUAUUUGGUCAUUAACAAUCCCAUCAGUCAGUGCGAGUGUGUGUGAGCGACAGCAGCGUCCAAUCCUGUGAGUCAGUGGGCGGGGCUUCUUGAUGGUUUAAACAUAACUGACAGAACGUUAAAUCUGAGCUGUGAACUUAUGAAUGAAAAAAUAAUAAACUGAGACGUGAAUAUUU